AUGCUGGAAUUAGUAAUACACAUCACCUUAAUUGUACAAGCUAAAUUUAUAGCAGGAACGCCGCUCGUACUUAACAUUUGGAACGCUAGUAAAGAACAAUUCACUGUGGGAUAUCAUAGUACUCAUGAUUCAUUUUCCACAAUAUACACACCAACUCAGGGAAACACAAUUCAGGCAAUUAGAGAUGAGAAGGAAACAUUUUGGAGAAGUAGAGAUGACAACGAGUUCUGUUCGCAUUUAGUCCUGUAUGGAUUUCCAGAUAAGACUAUAUUGGCAUAUUUGUUUAUAGUACGUCAUAAUUCUGUUUAUCGUAACUAUUUUGAAAAUAAUGGGACGAUGUGGGCGCCAUUAGAUAGAAGCGAGUUCUUUAGAAAGUUUGAUGGAUAUAAGUUGGAAGCGCCUAGAGAACAUCAAAUUACCCUAGACAUUCACAGUGUAAACCUGUUAUUGUUUAAGAUAAUAAACCAUCAGCCAUAUGGUGCCAAUGCACUGAUAUUUGUAAAAAAGCACGAAGGCAAACUAGUAAGGGUUUCAGACAACCGUGAAAUAAUAUGGGAGGGCGGAUCAACGGGUGAAGACUGUGUUGACGUUGUUAUUUACUGUGGGGGAACGGAUUUUGUGUUAGGGCAUCUUUUUAUAACUUCUUCUAAUGGCUUUGAAUAUAGAUUCUAUGAAAAGGUUGAAGGUAAAUGGCUGCCUUUGGAUAGAAAUGCCUUUUAUGAAAAAUUGUAUGAGCUAGACAAGAUAGAAGAUGAAAAGAAAAUUUAUUCAUGCGAAUCGAAUUGGAUGGAGUAUUAG